CUUGACCCUGACCGCUAACGCCCUGCUCGUCGUCGGCAGCAACGAUGGCGCUCGUCGGACCCGCGCAUCUGAAGGACCUUGUUCAACCGCAGUUUCACCAGAACAAUUUUCAGGAGGAGCUCUACAUCAAGAACGAGCUAGGUCUCAAGCUUGAUAAAGACGAUCAGAUAUGCCGUCUCUCGCUCACUCCCGCUGGUUGUCCACUUGGACCCUUACAUUGUCCGCUACGCCAUACCACGCCCUCGCCUCUGAAUUUCCAACCGCCCAAACAACUUCCUACGCAUCCCCGGGAUCGCGAGCGGUUAGCGACCGUGUGUAAGCAUUGGCUGCGUGGACUAUGCAAGAAGGGAGAUGCCUGUGAGUUCUUGCACGAGUACAACCUUAGGCGUAUGCCAGAAUGCUGGUGGUUCGCCAAGUAUGGUUACUGUUCUGCUGGAGAUGAGUGCCUGUAUGCGCAUCCGAAAGAGCGCCGCGUCGAGUGUCCGGAUUACAAGCGAGGUUUCUGCAAGCUCGGACCCACAUGUCCUCGAAAACAUGUACGCCGCGUUGCCUGUCAAAAUUACUUGACGGGCUUCUGUCCUCUGGGUCCUGAGUGCCCCCGCGGCCACCCGAAACCUGGACUGCCACCACCAGAGGCUUACGAACCUCCCCCUCCGCCCUCUUCACGUGAACUAGGCCCUCCACCUCCCGGGUAUGGUCGGUAUGCAGAUUUUGAUCGUGGCUUCCCUGGUGCUAUGGGUCCCAGUGUCGGGAACGCGCCUCCGAUGCCUCGUCGGAAUCUCGACGAUGUACUAUGUUUCAAGUGUGGCGAGAAAGGACAUUAUGCCAACCACUGCCGCAAUCGGAACGUGCCCGGCAACCGGGGAGGCGUGGAGCGGAGCAAACGAUACGGUCAGGAGGACUAGAUCGACAUCUAUCGUUUGGCUUUCCAGUCGUGUUUCUUCUUCCACCUUCGAUCAUCCCGUCUUUGGGUGGUUGACACAUCACGCCGUAUGUGGCGUCUCGUGGUGCUAUAACGAUGAUCGAGCAUUGCAAGGGCCUUCGGCCUGGCAGGAGGCCGAGCCCGCGAGCUGGGACCCACCGUUCGUCGUCAAACCGUCACAAGUGGUCUGACUUGAUAAGUACUACCUCUGAGAGCGUGGUGAAUGCAUUGGACCCGUGGUGUUUGGAUAGAGGAGGCCCUACAUUUGAGCCGUGG